GGUACGGCACCGGCAGCCGGGCUAGCCGGAGCGUCUCCCCGCGGCGCGCCAGCCGGAGCCGGGGCCGCUGCCCGCCGCCCGAUCAUGCGCCCCUCCGCGGCUUGGCUGCUGCUCCUCGCCCUGCCCGCCUGCCUGGCUGAGCCCUCCCGGCCUGUCUACACCAACCACUGGGCAGUGCAGGUGCUGGGCGGGCCGGGCGAGGCAGCCAGGCUGGCCUCCGCCUACGGCUACGUGAACCUGGGACAGAUUGGGAAUUUGGAGAACUAUUACCACUUUCACCACAGCAGGACGAUAAGGCGCUCGACGGUCAGCAGUCGAGGCCGGCACAACUUCCUCCGGAUGGAUCCCAAGGUGAAGUGGCUACAGCAACAGGAAGUGAAACGACGAGUUAAGAGACAUGUUCAAGGUGACCCUCCUUUGAUUCACUUCAAUGACCCAAUGUGGUCUAAAAUGUGGUAUAUGCACUGUGGAGAUAAAAACAAUCACUGCAGGUCAGAAAUGAAUAUUCCAGCAGCCUGGCAGAGAGGAUAUACUGGCAAAAAUGUGGUGGUGACCAUUCUUGAUGAUGGCAUAGAGACAAGCCAUCCCGAUCUCGUACAAAACUAUGAUCCUCAGGCGAGCUAUGAUGUCAAUGACAAUGACUGUGAUCCAAGUCCACGCUACGAUGCCAGCAACGAGAAUAAACAUGGCACGCGCUGUGCUGGACAAGUUGCAGCUAAAGCAAACAACUCUAAUUGUAUCGUGGGCAUCGCAUACAAUGCAAGAAUAGGAGGCGUUCGUAUGUUAGAUGGAGAUGUAACAGAUGUUGUUGAAGCAAAGUCGCUUGGCAUCAGACCCGAUUACAUUGACAUUUACAGCGCAAGCUGGGGGCCAGAUGAUGAUGGGAAGACAGUUGAUGGACCUGGUGAAUUGGCCAAACAGGCUUUUGAGUAUGGCAUUAAAAAGGGUCGUAAGGGUUUGGGCUCCAUUUUCGUCUGGGCCUCGGGAAAUGGUGGCAGAGAAGGCGAUUACUGCUCUUGUGAUGGCUACACCAACAGCAUCUACACCAUCUCCAUCAGCAGCAGCACGGACAGUGGGCUCAAGCCCUGGUAUUUAGAGGAAUGUGCGUCUACUCUCGCCACAACCUACAGCAGCGGGGCAUUUUAUGAGCAAAAAAUUGUUACCACGGAUUUAAGACACAGUUGCACAGAAGGUCAUACUGGAACCUCCGUGUCUGCACCGAUUGUCACAGGCAUCAUUGCUUUGGCUUUAGAAGCAAACCCCUCACUGACCUGGAGAGAUGUUCAGCAUCUGAUUGUUAAAACAUCCAGGCCACUACAUCUGAAAGCAAAUGACUGGAAAACAAAUGGAGCAGGACGCAAAGUUAGCCAUCUAUAUGGAUAUGGUCUGGUUAAUGCAGAAGCUAUUGUAAUGGAAGCUAAGAAAUGGAAAAAAGCACCCACCCAGCACGUCUGCAUUGGAAGCUCAGAUAGGAUACCCAGGGACAUCCAGGCCGACCAGACGGUGCGCACGACCACCGUGACCAACGCCUGUGCCAACUACUACGACCAGCGCGUGGUGUACCUGGAGCACGUCAUUGCGCGAGUCAGCAUUGAGCACCCUCGGCGCGGGGACCUGCAGAUUAACUUAACUUCUCCUUCAGGGACGGAGUCUCAACUCUUGGCAAGAAGAGUGUUUGAUAUCUCUAACGAAGGAUUUAAAAACUGGGAAUUCAUGACCGUCCACUGCUGGGGGGAGAAGGCAGAAGGGGAAUGGACUCUGAAGAUCCAUGACACGCCAUCCCACAUGCGCAACCCAGAGAGGCGAGGGAAGUUAAAGGAAUGGAGUCUCAUUUUAUAUGGAACAGCCGAACACCCUUACGACACAACCAGUUCCCAUCACUCCCAAUCAAGGAUGCUGGAGAUUUCAAUGCCCAAAAUGGAGCCCUCUAAAGCAGCAGUUUUCCAGAGUCAGAUGGAGGUGGUGGAAGAGGAGGACGAAUACACAGGUCCAUGUCAUCCUGAAUGUGGCAACAAAGGCUGUGAUGGUCCUAAUGCAGAUCAGUGCUUGAAUUGCAUCCAUUACAGUCUUGGAAGUGUUAAAACUGGCAGGGUGUGUGUGAGCUCGUGCCCUUCGGGGUAUUUUGGGGACAACGCAAGCAGGAGAUGCCGAAGAUGCCAGAAGGGGUGCGAAACCUGCACGGGCAGGGGCCGAAACCAGUGUACAUCUUGCCGACGUGGUUUCUAUCACCAUCAGGAAACACAUGCAUGUGUGGUGUUCUGUCCAGCUGGGUUUUACGCUGAUGAAAGUCAAAAGCUCUGUCUCGAAUGUCAUCAAAGCUGUAAAAAAUGUGCUAGUGAUCCAGAGAAACGUAUUCUAUGCAAGGAUGGAUUCAGCUCGUUAGGAGCAGGCUGUCUCCCGGAAUGCCAACCGGGCAUGUAUUUCAGCAAAGAGACCCGGAAAUGUGAGAGGUGCCACACGAGCUGCCAGACCUGUGUUGGGCCAGGCAAAGAGGCAUGCAUACAAUGUGCCAAAGAUUUCCACCUGCACGAGUGGCGAUGUGUCCCUGCUUGCAGCCAGGGGUUUUACCCUGAGGCGGUGCCAGGUCUACCUUAUAAAGUCUGCACAAGGUGUGAUGAUAACUGCUCAGCCUGUGAAGGCUCCAGGGAUAACUGCGUCAAGUGUAAGGAAGGUUUCAAUCUGCACAUCAGCUCCUGCAUCACAAAUGUAACCUGCAUGGAUGAUUCUCCUAGUCCUGAACGUGGCCCCUCAGCUUUCAAGACUCUCUGUGAGAUUGUGAAAUCAAAGAAGCUCUGUGAAAUGAAGCUAUUUGUACAGUUAUGCUGUCAGACAUGUCUCAUGGCUGGAUAAAGUUCAGUAUCUGCGUCCAGGAAUUCCGCCACCCUGCAAGUCCAAUUUGCCGAACCUUUAGGACAAAAGUUUAUUUUCAACUUUGGGAGAGUUUACAUGGUGCUGCCUAACAUCAGUUUGAUAGCUUUACUAUCUCUGUCAAUUUGUUUCUAUAGCAACAUAAUGAAUAGCAUUAAAUCUAGGUAGGAUCUUAUACUUGGUAAUUAAGGCCCCAAAGAUACAAAACAAAUGGCAAUAUUAAUACUCUCAGAUGCUUCUCAUGAAUGGGGACUGAUGUAUGAUCAAGACACCUCACCUUGUUUCUUAGUCAAAAUCCUUCCGAUUCAACCAUUCCAAGGGCAUAGCAGGAGAUCAGGACUCGGAAGCACCCAGGAUUUCUGUGUCUCUGAGAAGAAGCAGCUACUAAUGGUGAAACACUUUCUGGUCUUUUAUGCUAACUCAUGGCUGAUAAAAAUCCAUGUUACAAAAAUAAAAGUAGUACAGUGUUUUUCUGUUCCUUACAUAUGUAAAAUGAUGAAUGGUGUAAUCUGAACGGAAUAAUCUGCUGGAUAAAAGCUCUAAAGCAAAGUAUUCAGGUUACUCGUUGGCUUCUGUUGUUAACUGUUUCUGUCUGGCCAUAAAUUUGACAAUAACUGGAGACUUGAGGACCAUAUUCAGAGUUGGUGUAAGAGGGACAAUCUAGUGCACCUGCUAAUGCCAUGUCUGAAUUUAGCCCAUUGCGGCCCUCAACCUGCCAGCUGUUGCAUGCAAGCAGACUCAUGUCCCCACACAGAACCCCAUCGAUUCAGUGGGAGGCUAGCCAGACAUAAGGGUCCAUCCACAUGGCUCAGGAGUCUUAUUUACUCAAUCAUUUCUCUUCUGAAAUAGUGAUUAAAUUGUUGAUGAACUCCAUUCUGAUCAUUGAAACAGGUUAGGUUCUUCCUCUCCUAACUAAAUGAGAUGGUUUUCCUAUAUUUUCACCCUCCAGCACUUUGCAUCAAAGCCUCUUCUCUAUGACAACAAUUCGAUGGGCUUAACACCUCUCUCUAAGAAAUCCCGAUGCCUAUAGAUGCUGACUUCUGCUCCUGCUGGUGGGUGCUCAACCCCCCUCUGCCCCCGGUCCUGCCCCGACCCCACCCCUUCCAUGAGGCCCUGCCCUGCCCCGCCCCCAUUCCAACCCCUGCCCCCAAAUCCCUGCCCCAACUCCACCCCCUCCCUGACCCUAUUCCAACUCCUUCCCCAAAUCCCCACCCUGGCACCGCCUCUUCUCCGCCUCCUCCCCUCCCCCUCCCGGAGUGGCCAAAAGGCCUUUUGGCGGCGGCCGGACAGGAACCACUGGGAGAUAAGUGGAGACAUGGCGCACUCAGAGGGGGCAGAGGAGGUGGGGUGGGGUGGAGUGGGAUGGGGGCGGGGAGCUUGGCUGCCAAUGGGUGCAGAGCACCCACUAAUUUUUCCCAUGCCUGUGCCGAUGAUCCGGUCAGGAAACACCUUCCCUAUCCAGCUCAGUUCUCUAAAACAAAUCAGAAUCUCUUCACUCUGUCUCCAAACAGAAUGUCAUGUGGUUGUUUGUAUAAUUGUUUUAAAGUUUAUUUGGCUAUGUUGUCCUGAGAUUUUUUUGUAAUAACUUAUACUGUCUUUCUCCAUAGAUUAUUAAUUAUUAUUGUUAUUUUUAUGGGAAGUGGGGGAUCUUUUAUGUGUCUUAUUCAUGUGUUUCCCCUUCUCUGGGACCUCUGUUGCCAGACUUCUAACAAAGAUGUUCUUUUCAUAAGACAUAUGUAGAUGAUGUUUCUUAUGUUGCAUGGUCUGAUUUUCAUUGUUAAUAGUUUUAACAGGUUAAACCUUCUGCCAGUGAAAUUCACAGUAAAAACUUUAUCAGUUCUUUAUGAAGCAGGAAGAAUCAAUUUUUUUUAAUUCAAAUUAUUUUCACCCUGUCUGGGCCUGUCCAAUAAAGUCUCAGCCAGGUGAACAGGGGAUGGCCAAAUGUCAUUGUUCAUAAAACUGAAUGGAUCAACAACCACGUAAAGGCGAAACUUCUGUGAACUGACCAUUAAAUUAAUAAAUUGUUUACAUCCACUGA